AUGAUCUACUUUAGUUGGGCUGUAUGCCUAUCCUCUGUGCUAUGGUCCCAAGGCGCUACAGCACAGAAUGAUGCGCAAAACGGACAGUGCUCAGAGUUGAUCAACACCAUGGGUACCAAGCUAGGUGUAGAUCCGUCGACAUGGGGCUAUUCAGGGACAAAUACUUGCGAGAAUACAGAUGCGCAAUCCUGCACACGCCCGGGGCAGGGCGGCUGGACCUCCGGCGCGGAGACAUGCGACUACUUCAAGUCUCUUGAGGUUAAGCUGUUGCUCGGAAACGGCAUCUCUGGCUUCGACGGUGCCGGCACAUUUGACGAUCUCAUCGUCGAGUUCGGGAAUAGCCACCAGACACUCUUGGUACAUCCCUCCAGGGGAGAGGAGACCACAAAAUCCAUUGACCUCGAGAAGGCCUUUGGUUUGAAGAGAGUCAGGGUCGGUGAUGUUAAUUCGUUCAAAAUAUACUCAGUACGAGAUCAGCGGACGAACCCAGAUUCAUGGGAGAUUGGAGGCAUUACCAUCACCGCGACAUGCGAUGAGUCAUCGAGAAAGGUCAUCACAAACAAGUACGACGAUAUGUACGAUUGGUUCAAUCGAUUUGGCGACAUUACGGGAAAUAUGCCAUCCCACUUUACCGGGAGCAUUGCUGUAAGUGACUGGAAGUGGCUGCACCCAGAUGAAAAGACGGACACAAUCGCCGUCAUGCCAGUCGGGCAGUCGAACGCCUGCACUAGAUUCAAGUCAAUGGAGGCUCACCUCGAGCUUGGAUCGGGCAUCUCUGCUCUGACCGCCGGAACGAAUGACGAGUUGGUGCUCGACUUUAGCAAUGAAUUGUUCCCCAAACAGGUCAUCCUGCUGGCAUCGUCUCCCUCGCACGGCGAUGUGAUCGACAAGCCGAUUGACCUACAGACCAACUUUGGAAGCUCUCCGGUUCCCGCUCAAGACGUUCGACAGGUCAUGCUCUACUCUAGGGAGGGUACAAGCCACUGGGCUGAUCCAUGGCAGGUCGCAACUUUCGAACUGAGAGCCAAGUGUGAAGGGUCCUCCAGGACUGUAGUAGUUACCAAGUGGCGCAAUAUAUACAAGUGGUUUGACCGAUUUGAAGGGCCUACGUCGCUGAGCGGAGAUUUGUCUCUCGAAGACUGGCACUGGGCAUGA